AUGACGCUCGCUCUGACAGCGGCUGUGGAGCAGAGAAAGGCGCCGUCGGUGGGGCUCCCGCCCCCGCGCGCCCUAGCGCCUCCGAGCCAGCCUCGCGCGCCCUCGCCGGCUGCCGGCCACCCGCGGCCCGCGCCCCUCGGGAUCCCGCCGCUGACCCGGGCGGGAUGUGACCCCCUGACCUCCCGCCAGGCCUCCCCUGCCCCCCGGGGGGGCCCGCCUCUGCCUGCUUUUUGGGGGGUGGGUGGGGAGGGGCGCUCGGAUCAUGGCAUUGGAGUUCCCGGGCUUGCAGCCGCCGCCGCCUCGUCCACGCACCCCGAGUGCCCCUUCUUCCGCGAGCAGCAGCGGAGAAGGCGAAGCGGCCGGCGGGGGCGAGGCAGAUGGGGCUCAAGGCGCGCAGGGCGGCGGGGGCGGAGGAGGCGGCGGGGCCGCUCACCCAGCCGGGGGGACGCGGAGGCCGCCGGCGACGAGGAGCGGAAAGUGGGGCUGGCGCCCGGCGACGUGAAGCAAGUCACCUUGGCGCUUGGGGCCGGAGCUGACGAAGACGGGACCCUGCUGCUGGAGGGCGGCGGCCGCGACGAGGGGCUGCGGAGGACCCCGCAGGGGGUCGGGCUUCUGGCCAAGACCCCGCUGAGCCGCCCUGUCCAGAGGAACAACGCCAAGUACCGGCGCAUCCAAACUGCGAUCUACCACGACGCCCUGGACAGACCGCGGGGCUGGGCGCUGCUCUACCACGCGCUCGGAGAGUGAGAUCCUCGAAGGAGGAGCCCGCAGCACACGGUUCACCUUUGAAUCCCCCCGGCAUGGACCAAGUCCGGUGCCUGCCCGCAGUCAGCUCUCUGGCAGGUUCAAGCAAACUCGGGAACGACCACAAUAUUCCUAACCAGAAAUCGGUUCGGCAUUUUUCCGAACUGGUGGCCGCAGAGACGGUAUCUGCCUCCCGGUAAGAGGAAGUUUACCGGGGGCCAGAGCCCAAGGUGCAGUGGAGUGACAGUCGGCCCAGCCCGUACUUCCUUGCCCUCCUGACGCUGGCCGGGGACGCCCCACACCACCAGCCCCGCCAGUGAACCGCGGAGGGAUUGGGAGGGGAGGCUGGCCCGCAGGCCCCGGGAAGCCCCGCACCGGGGCAAGCAAGUGGGAAGGCUCAGUGAGGAGCCGAGCCGGGCGAGGAGGAUAGGCUUGGCCGAGCCGGGCUGGAGCUGCCACCACCUGAGAAAAUGGAGGCAGCCCCUGGGCCGGUGAGUGGCCCGGUGGGGCAGGCGGAAGCCGGACGGGCAUCCGUCCCCCGAGCAGGGCCGGGCCGGGGGUUACUCACAGGGCUGUGCCGGGUCGGGCGGCUCCCUGUCUGCCUCUGCAUCGUCGCCAUCCCAUUCUUGGCCGCCGCCACCUCGGGCUGCUCACUUGGUCCCGCGGCACGGCUUGGGCGCUCCCAGGAAUCUUCUUUUAUGCCGGCCUGAAACCUAGAAUCCUGAAUAGGGCAGCCAGCCACCUUCAGCGUGGUCCCGGCCUCCAGGAUCCAGCAGUGUCAACAGCAGCCUCGGCGCCAUGUUCCCUGUUUAGAGACUCGCUUUUGUAGGUAAGAAACAGUUCUUUUCCUGCUCCAUACUUCAAAGCUGUUGCCUGUAAAUGAGGCAGCCUCUCCUGCCAAGGGCAAAGUGGUGGUCAGCCCCCACGACCGGCCACCAGCAGUGGUCCUCCCUUAAGAGACGGCAAGAGGAAGGUCCACAAGAUUCCUGGCUGCCUAAGGCCCAGUGGCUGCCUUUUCCACCUCAGCUACUCUGCGCCAACCGCCGCAGCCACCGCCAUCUUAGGAUCCGAACAAUAACCCUGUAGGAUCUUAGGUUUUCUUUUCACCGUUACUUUCCCAGGCAGAGAGAAAGAUGUUUUAAACAGUCAUUACACUUACUAGGUGAAAUCCUACUACUGCUUCAAGGUUCUACUCAAGUUCCUUUCCUCCAUGGAUUGCCACCUGACCCUUAACAGGAUUCUGAAGGAACUAAAUAUGUACUGUUGUAUGACCACUAUCUUAAAUUACUAACCUAUGGUGUAUCUAUGCUGGAUGUCAUUUCCUUAGCUAAGCUCCUUGAAAAAAGGGAUCCUGUCUAAUAUCUGACACAGCACCUAACACAAAGCCAAGCAUUUGGUUCUCACUAAGUACUUAAUGCCUGACAAGGCAUCUAUCUUCAUACUUUUCAUACAAGACCUGUAAACAUCCUCAGUUCAUAACCAUGGCACUAACAAUUACAUACUCUAAAAAUGAUUGAAAUUAACAAUCUACUGGUUUAAUAUUGGUGUUAUAUGUAAAAGCUUUCAUAUGUCUCACCAGACUUAAUCAUUUCAUCUCUGGUAGCAAUAACAUAAUCAAACAUUUUGAACAAAACACCUUUUUGUUAAAGUUAGGUUUCCUAUUAUUGUUUAAAAGUUGAAACUGCAUAUCAACUAAUCAUUAGUCUACAGAUGCUUAGAAAUAAAACAAUACUUUGCCUCUACAAUUCAAGUCUAUAUACUUUCUUGCAACAAAAGCCAAUCUGUCUUUUUCAAAAUUGUUUCUCCUGGCAAAUAUUUUUACUGUCUGGCCAAGUUUUGUGUUAAAAAUAAAGUACAGUACUACAACAUCAAUCAACAUUUAAAGGACUUAAUGAUGUAUGAAAGAAAAUAUACAGUGAUUCCUUUGAAAAAAGCAAGCCAAUCAAAGUUUUGUUUAUAUUAUCAAAUCAAGAGUGGAGCUUUGAAAAAAUAAAAUCACAUUUGUGUUUAGAGAUAUAAGACCAAUAUUAAGCAUUUAUGUAAUAUGAGAAAACAGACUGGGAGGGAGAGCUGUAAAUGGCAAGAAUAACUUAAAGACAUAACAGAACCAACUGUUUCUUUACUACCCUUCCUGUCUGUGAACACUGGCUUCUUGCCUACCCUUCCAAACACAAGCUGUACAAGCUUAAUUAAACAUAGCUUUUUCUAUAACUAAUAUCGAUUCAACAAAAUGGGCCCAAAGUUCCUAUAUGUUUACAAGGAAUACUAAUUGUAAUUUUUAAUAUGAAUAGGAACCUAGGCCACCUAAGCCUUACCAGAUAUAAUAAAAAAAAAUCUGAAAAUAUUUUACUACUAAGGGUUUAAAUGGGUCCCUAAACAAAUACUAAAUACUGCAAGGACUCUCAUAAUAUUUAUCAACUACAAUAAGUCUCAGAAUUUUUUGUCAUCUACUGGCAAUGUCUCGGGGAGAUGUCUAAAGAGGUGGCCUUAGAUAUUAUAGAAACAUGAAAUACAGCAUUGAGUUGUCACAGACCAACUAGUUGGUUCCAAACACUGCCUUUUCACCUCCACUAGUCAAGCGCAAUUCUAAAAUACUAAUUCUUCAGGUAACUAUUGAGCUGCCCAGUGUGUCUCCUCUGGGUUGCCCAUUUGCCUUCCAGAUAAUUCUGUAAUUGCACUGGCCUUCAAUCUAACUAUACUAUUUUCCCAAUAAAUACUGCGUCUUGGUAAAGGCAAUCAUUUCAACAUUUAGGGCACAAUACAGAGGAUACUACCAUAUCCUCAAGGGAGAUGGAGACAUAUGGAACAAAAUAUAAGUCAGACUAUAAAUAACCAUUUUCCUGACAGGAAUACAGUAACAUGGAAAUAUCAUGAACUUUGAUCAUGGGCAGAAAGAUCAGAGUUUAUGUAACUUAUAAAAUGGAAUUAAUACCACCUACUGUAGAGUUGCUUAUGAAAAUAAGUAAAAUAAGACUACAUAAUACAGUAUAUGUUAUAUCAAAUGUUCAUAAUAGAUAUUCAAUAUAUAAUUAUUUCCUUGCUGCCCAUUUCCCGGCCGUCUACCAGAUUUAGAGUUCUCCCAGGCUGGCCAAGUCAACUAAAAGUAGAGGACUUUCAGUUGGGCAGUUCUUUGCCUCAGAAUCAAGUUUAUUUUGAGUACAACUAUCUCACAUCUAUCAUCAUUUUUUGUAGUCCUAAAAAUCUCCCAUCUACUGUCUCCUGCUGGAUUUAGGCCAACUUACUUUGGCUUGUCCUUUAGUAUUCAUGCUUCAGUGGUCCUUGCCUACUUGCCUCUGUAGUGUCUAAGCCAAUGUUUCUGUUGUAUGACAGCAUCUCUGCUGUACCAUCUCCUGUUUUUGCCUAUUUCUUAUUUCUAUUUUAUGUUAGGUGGUAUGUAAUUUCCUAAUUACAUGCCUUGUUACUGCUGUGUUUAACCUAGAUACCUAAAACUGAUGCAUUUCUAGGCUCCGCUAUCACCUUCUGAUAACCUUGAAUCGUUACCUACUAAAUGCAACCCUAGAAUAGUUUCAACUUCCUGGUUACCCCUAAGUCAGAGAUUAAAUGAGGAAAUACCAUCUUUGUCAGCUAUUAGAUUCAACAAAGCACUAUCAACCACCUGAUUAUAUGAGGCUCAAUUGAUAAUCCUAACCACAGGACUCACCUUAGGGAAUUGACAGGGAUUAUGAGCUACCUUACAAGCCUCAAAAAAUAAGGGCUAACCACUUAGCUCAGUUGGUUAGAGCACAGUGUUAUAACAUCAAGGUAAAGGGUUUGGAUCCCCAUACCAGCCAGGCACCAAGAAAGAAAAAAAACAUGAUGAAUGGCUGUGUGUAAAGCACUAUCUACAGUCCUAAAAAUCUAGUUAUACUCAGACAUUUAUUCCAUAAAAAGUUAGUCUUUUACUUGAAAAUAUUGCCCUAAUAUAUCAGACAGCUUUAGGGUAGCAUGCAUAUGAAUUCAUCAGGGAGAAGUCAGAACCAUAAAAACUCAAUCAGUCAAAUUAACCCCCUGGCCUGCCAAAGGGCCCAAGGCAUGUAGCCUUCCCCACCCACAACCAGGCACACUGACAAUGCCGCAGGGCCCACCCCGGGGUCUGAGGCAUGAAGCUGGGAACCAGAACCUCCCCUCACAGCCAGGUACACUGCCAGUGCCUUGGGGCCCACUGGGGGGGCCCAAGGCAUGGAGCCAGGGACCAGACCCCACCCUUGCACAACCAGGCACACCACCAGUGCCAAGGAGAAUGCCAAAAACAUCACCUCCAUUUGGGUGGCCCACCACAGAUACCACAGUAACCACAGUUGCCAUGAAAAUGGCAAGACAUUACAACCACCAUGCAGGUGGUCCACCAGCCACUGGAGUGCACUGACACAAGGAUAGUCACCAACAGAGACCAAAGAAAAGAAGAGGAUGUCUCUCUCCACAAAGCCCAUUCCACAGCGACAAAAGAAGCAUCUGCUCUACGAUAAUACUGGGAGAACUGAACACAACUGUCAGCAUUAGACAGAUCUUCUAGGCAGCAAAUCAACAGAGUAACCAUUACUCUUUCAGAGGGAGAGAAGAAAUCUAGGGGUUGUAAGUGGUGAAAGACUGGAGGGCGAGGGGGAUAGGGAGAGAUUGGACAAGGGGCAUAAAAAAAAAGUACAAUUUGUAAAGAUAUAUAUACUAGUAAUAUUGAUUUGAUCAACAUGUGUCAACAC